UCAAUAGAGACAAAAAAAAAAAAAAAAAACUAUCAAACUGUCAAAAAUAAAAAUUUUUGAAAUACUUUCGAAUCAAAAUUUUAUAAUUAAAUAUAAUUUUUGAAUCAAAAUUUCAAUUUUGGCUAAAAAAAAACCACAUCACAUUUUUCUAGUACUUCAAAUUUUACAUUUUCAAAUUUAUCAUAAAAAAUGGUUAUGAAAAGCUUUGAAGAAACUCACAAUUUGAAAGAGAAGAUUUUAAUCUUGGAAAAUGAUAAAAUGCCUGAACUUUGCUCCAUAAGUAAUUACAGUGCACAUUCAAAAAAAGGAGUGGGAAAAAAUCUUUGUUCGACAGUGUCAAAUCCUACAACGUGUGCAGACAAAAAAUCAAUAAUUGUUGAAAAAAGUAAAGAAAAAUUUCAACCAAUUCCACUGCAUCUUACUCAAGGCAAUGUCAGAUUUAUUCUUUCAAAAGAACCCUUACAAAAUGUUCUAACCAAUCCGAAAAGAAUUCAGACUCACCAUCAGAAAACAUCAUUGGAUUAUGACUCCUAUCAGGUUUUCACGGAAGUCUUGAAGAAAUACGUAAUCCUGUGCAAGAAUGCUGUAAUUUUGUGGUUCUCCAUGAUGACUUUCUCCUUAUUCUACAAUCGAAAUUCUGAAAAAUAAAAUUAAUUACAUAAAUAUCAUUAAAAGUAUUAAAAAAAAUACAAUUAAAAUAAUAAUGAAAUAUUAAAAAGAAUAUUAAGAGGGACAUAAUAAAGAAACAAUCUGAUCAAUUAA